AUGGAUUCGAAGGGAAGAAAACGUGGCAAAGGGCAGUGCCCGAAAUGCAGUGCUGAGUAUUUCAAUCGCUAUAAGCCCAAAGAGUGUUCGAGUUGCGGUGAAUUUAUUGGUGGAUCGCAUACGUCAGAAAAAAGACCCAAAACUGCGGUAAAAAUUUCUAGCGCAGUCACCGUAACCCAAUCAAUUGUUUCAGUUGCGACAACUAAACGUGGAAACAGGUGUUUUGUUACAAAGGAUGAAAGUGGUAAUUGGAUGUGUUUGAAUAACAACUGCAAAGAUAAACGUGCAAUGCAUAUUUCCGUCAACAAUGAAUCGCUGACAACCUACCCAUGUAGCAGCACCAUUAGCGAGAGUCUUUCGCGAGCAUGUCAGUUUGCAAAAGACAAUGGUUUUGCGCCUGUUGUAAAAAUUUCACACACCAAGUACGCGAUUUACGCAGAGGCAACAGCCAGCAAUCCACUUGGUUUUUGUCACGUUGACGUAACAAAAGAGGCACAACAAAGCAAGGAGACUGAACCAUCUUCAUUACCUGACAAUCCAACCGAAGAGGAACAAUUGCCUGAUAUAAACAGUAAAGCAUCCGCAAGGGACUACACAGUUGAUAUCGCUUUGGCAAGGCAGCUCCCUUAUAAAUUCGAAAAGACAACUAUCGAAACAAUAUUGGAACAUGACGUUAACACCUGGAAAGGCAUCUCAGAUGGUUGGCCAGAAGUUUUUGUUCCAUGCUGUAGCGAUUGCCAGAAAUGUGGUUCUCCCCUGUCUCCACCUAAGUCCCAUCCAGGCAAGAAGGGAAAUUGUUACCUCAUCACCGAUCUGAAUCCGUUCAAACUUAUUUCCAUCAAAGUUAAGAUGUGCAGUAACUCCGCAUGCCAAGCUAUGCACCAAGCAGUCCCAUUCGAUAUUGGUCUUUUCAAUAUUUCUGACAAGCUGAUGGUAUCCUUUGAUAUCUUACUGGAAAUUCGUGAGUACUUCAAGACAGGACAUCCACUCACAAACGUUAUCCGAGCAAAGUUGGCAAUGAUGCAGAUUAAAUCUAAAGAGGUAAUAAGUUAUGUGCAAUACAUUGAGGAUCUAAUAUACAAUGGUUAUUUGAUGUUUGAAGCAAUAACUGAAAGGGACUUGAACGAUGUAAUAUGUGGUAUAUGUGGGAUUUGCCCAGAAGUUUGCCUUGGUGACGGUAAUGAAAAAAAUUGUUGCAGUAAUGCCGAGGUCGCUCUCAUUGGUGAUAUUUAUAGCUUAUACUGUUCCAUCAUGGUUGGGUUAAGUCCUUGUCAUACAUUUUCGAAAGUUCCUGGAAAAACUGGUGGAUUUUAUCAUUUCGUUUGUCGACACGGAUGUACUGUUGCAUCGAAGUUUCUUGCCCUGACCGAGUCUGUCAGAGAUGCUGCAGACAUUUACUUGUCGCUCAAGUAUCCACCAAUGGUCUUUAUCAACGACACACCUUGUGGCUUUGUCCGACAUCUUGAAUGUCGCGCUCCAAAUGUCUCGAAAGAGCUUUGGGGUGAAAGAAGUGGAUGUUUCGAAAAACCAAUACAUGGAAAGGAACCCAAAGAUGUAAUUCAUGUCCCGUCUAUUGUGCCGCCAGAGUAUAAGGCCAGUACUGAUACUACAGAAUCAAAUGAUCGCACGGUUGGUAGAUGCCAUCCACUCUCUGGUUGUAGUGAACGUUACGUGCUUGGUGACAGAUUCCACGCCAGUUCUAAUCCCCACAAGUCGCCGUUAUGUCAGUACCAUGAUAUCAACUUGUGUGCGCAAGCAAACUCCAUCACAACUAGCGUACAAGAAUGUCAAAAUAACAGCAAAAAUGCGCGGCGUUUAAGAAGCUCUUGUCAGCAGAAUUUCGGGACACAUAUCUUCUUCAACUACUUAAUGGACUACUACCAAAAUGAGGAGAUAGUGAAAAGGCAACAAAUUAACCUUUCCAUAGGUAAAAAAGACAACGAAGUGUUGGUAAGAGAUGAAUUACUGCGAUUUAAACUGAAAGAACGAUAA